AUGGAACCGAACAAACGUCUUGCAGUAACAAGAGUAUACAAAAAUGGGAAACGACAGCUGAAGCUGAUGGACAACCCAGAGACUCUGAUCCAAGAAGGCACAGAUCAAACAGGGCUUGAAAAUGAUGCUGAGGCUGAAAAAGGUGGUGCUAAGGCCAAAGAAGCUGAAAAGGGUGAUGCUAAGGCUGAAGAAGCUGAAAAAAAUGAAGCAUGUGCUGAACCUGAGAAAGGUGAAAAAGAUGAAAAAUGUGCUGAAUCUGAAAAAGGUAAAAAAGAUGAAAAAUGUGCUGAAUCUGAAAAAGGUAAAAAAGAUGAAAAAUGUGCUGAAUCUGAAAAAGGAGAAAAAGAUGGCGCUGAGGUUGAAGGAACUAAAAAUGCUGAAAAAGAUGGUGCUGAGGUUGAAGGAACUAAAAAUGCUGAAAAAGAUGGUGCUGAUACUGAAGAAGCUGAAAAGGCUGCUGCUGAGGCUGAUGGAGAUAGACUUGAGUCUGAUGUUGAAGAAGACUCAUUUGAAACUGCACUUGCAGCUGGCAUAUUUUGGACUGCACUUGCACUUGCAUGUGGCAUAUUUGUGACUGCUUUUGCAGGUGGUGCAUUUAAAAAGACCAAACAAAAGGAAACAGACACUGGCUCAUCCAAGCCCCUGCCCCUUUUGCCUAAAGUGCCGCCCCCUGCUCUUCAACUUAGCACAUGCACAUCCCCCUCCAGCCCCGCUCUUCAACUUCACGCACACAAAUCCUCCCCCCAGCCCCUGGUCUUCAUCUUUGCAGUUGCAGAUGGCGUAUUUAAGACUGCACAUACCAUUGGUGCAUGUGUGACUGCAGUUGCUGAUGGCUUAUUUAAGACUACACUUGCAGGUGGUGCACUUGUGACUACACUUGCAAAAAGCACAUUUAAGACUGUAUCUAGCGUUGGCACAUUUGUGACUGCACUUGCAAGUGGCGCAUUUAUGACUGCAGUUGCAGGUGGUGCGUUUAUGACAUCACUUGCAAGUGGCGCAUUUAAGACUGCAGUUGCAGGUGGUGCAUUUAUGACUGCGCUUGCAAGUGGUGCAUUUAUGACUGCAGUUGCAGGUGGCGCAUGUAUGACUGUGCUUGCAGGUGGCAUAUUUAAAACUGCAGUUGCAGGUGGCGCAUGUGUGACUGCACUUGCAGGUGGCGUAUUUAAGUCUGCAGUUGCAGGUGGCGCACGUGUGACUGCACUUACAGGUGGCAUAUUUAAGAAUACAUUUGCAGGUGUUGCAUUUGUGGCUACACUUAUAAAUGGUGUAUUUAAGACUGCAAUUCCAGUUGACACAUUUGUGACUGCAGUAGCAGAUGACGGAUUUAAAGAGAGCAAAAAAAAGAAAACAGACACUGUAUCAUCCAAGCAUCGUGGGGAAAAAGAUGAAAAACACACAACACUACUGGAUGUGUUUGGACCUGCAGUUGAAGACAAUGCAGUUGAACCUGCAGUUGAAGAUGACGCAGUUGAACCUGCGGUUGAAGAUGACGCAGUUGAACCUGCAGUUGAAGACGAUGCAUUUACAGAGACCAAUAAAAAGAAAACAGACACUGGCUCAUCGAAGCAUUGUGGUGAAAAAGAUGAAAAACACACAACACUACUGGAUGAACCAAUCUCAGAUGCCCUUUCUGACCGACAUAACAAUUCUUUAAUGAACAAGAAUAAUAAAAACCUGCCGGUUGACUUCUCUUCUCUCGCAAGUCUUGCAGCAGAGAUGAUGAUUUCUGGGUUUCCACUGGAGUUGAUGGAUGGAGAUGCUGCUCAUGUUCCUGUAAUCUGGAUCUCUGCUGUUCUGGAUCAACUUGUCCAGAAACUGGGAGACCAGAGAGUCUUUGUGUUGUCAGUUUUAGGGAUCCAGAGCUCUGGGAACUCCACAGUUCUGAAUGCCAUGUUUGGACUCCAGUUUGCCGUCAGUGCCAGCAGAUGCACCAGAGGAGCUUUCAUGCAGCUGGUCAAAGUGUCUGACGAAAUGAAAACAGAGAUGAACUUUGACUAUAUUCUGGUUGUUGAUACUGAAGGUCUUCGUUUUCUAGAACUGGCUGGAAAAUCAACAAGAGGUCAUGACAAUGAACUGGCCGCAUUUGUUGUAGGUCUUGGAAAUCUGACCUUGAUCAACGUCUUUGGAGAAAACCCCUCUGAGAUGCAAGAUACUUUUGUUCAGGCCUUCAUGAGGAUAAAGAAGAUCAGACUGAAUCCCAGCUGUGCGUUUGUGCAUCUAAACGUUUCGGACAUCACAGCUGGAGAGAAAAACAUGGAGGGAAGGAGAAAACUACAGGAGACAAUGGAUAAGAUGACAAAACUUGCUGCUAAAGAUGACGUCUGUUACUGUGAGAAUAUAGAAGAGCUCAAGACAUCCAUUAUAUAUUAUGCUUUUAAGUCACAGAGAAUGAUGCUGAGAACCCUAAAAUAUCAUAUUAAUGAUCUCUGGGAGGCUUUACAGAAUGGAGGAUUUGACUUCCAUUCUCUGGAGGUUUCAGCUUACAGGAUAUUGGAGGCAGAAUACAGCAAGUGGUCCUGGAGGCUUCGGAGUGUUAUGCUGGAAACUGAAAACAAACUGCACAACCUAAUAGAAAAUGAGACAAUUCAUGAGGUUAAGGAGAUUGAUCUUCGAAGAGAGCUGAACAAGACGAGUGAGGAAGUGCAAAAAUCAAUGUCUGAAUACUUUGACAAAGACAAAAAUAGUAAUUUACGGAUUCAGUGGAAAACAUCAUUCGAAAUCAAAAUCAAAGAUGUUCAGGAAAACAUUGUGAAGGAAACUAUGAAGACAUUAAAUGAGGUUCUUCAGCAGCGACACAUGAGGAAAAAGAUUGAUGCUCAGAAAACACAUCAUGAAAACACUUUGUUUGAAAGGAGCAAAGAACUUGCCUUAAGUCUCAAAGACAAAGCAAACGAUGAAGAGACACUGAAGAAAGAGUUUGACAUGUUUUGGGAGCAGAGUGUAAAGAAGAUCAUCACAGACACUUCAAAUAAAACCAUUGACAUAAUGAGAGAUGUGAGAAAGAUCCUCAGUGACAACUAUACAGGACAGCUCCCUGCACACCACUGCUGCAGCGAGAACAACAAUAUUUUCACUCUGCAGAGUUAUUCAGAUUAUGUCAAGAUGAAAAUAUCAAGUGGAAUUACAGGACAUGUUAAAAAUAUCUUAAGAACAGAGCUGUUUGGAUUUCGUCUUCUGUCUGAAGACGAUGACGAGGAAAUAAGAACAUUUGUCAGUAAUGUUUAUCAAAAGACAGAAAAGCGGAUUCAGCAAUUGAACAUUUCAGAAACAGGCUACAACAUCAGCUACAUUCAGCAACUCACAGAUUACAUCAAGGCAAGAGUAACACAACAUGAGGAAAGACCAGUGAAGUAUGUGUUCAGGAAUAAGUUCUUUGAGGAUUUGGUACUCUCCAUCUUUAACAGAGCAAACAAAAUGAUCACUGACCAACAUAAUGUGUUUAAGGAAGCCAAUGAUCCUGUCAUAUAUGUUAAGAAGAAGAGAGCGGAGUACUACAGUAUUUUCCAGAAACAUAUCCGUGGAGCUGCAUCAGCUGCCAUUUUUGGUGAGAUCAUCUGUCAGAAACUCAAAGAACCCAUUGAGCAGAGCGUCUUCAAGAAAACUGCAAGAGAUUUAGCAGAUGAAAUAAGAUCAAACUGUGAAUCAGUGAAUGGAAACAGAUCAAAUCUGGAGAAACACAUCAUGAAGACGCUGACAGAAGAGGAAGAUUUUGACAAAUACAUGACCUACGUUCAUAAUUCCCGAGAUAACUACAAAGGUUUUAUCAAAGUUGAAGUUAGCCGAUAUAUCUCUGAUAAGUUUAGCAUCAGGGACAAGAUGAUGGAGAACCUUGAGCGAACACAUCAUGAAAACCCACUCUUUGAAAAGACCAAAGAGCUUGCCUUAACACUCAAAGACAAAGCAAACGAUGAAGAAGAACUGAAGAAAGAGUUUGACAUGUUUUGGGAACAAAGUGUAAAGAAGAUCAUCACAGACACUCCAAGUAAAGACAUUGACAUAAUGAAAGACGUAAGAGAGAUUCUUUAUGACAUCUACUUAGGACAGCUCCCAGUAGACCACUGCUACAGUAAGAAUAACAAUAUUUUCACUCUACGGAAUUAUUCAGAUUAUGUAAUGAUGAAAAAACCAAGUGGAAUUACAAGACCUGUUAAAGUUGCCUUCGUAACACAUAAAAGGAAGUUUGGAUAUGGUGCUCUGUCUAAAGAGGACCAAGAGGAAAUAAGAACAUUUAUCACUGAUGUUGAUCGACAGACAGAAUUGCAGAUUCAGCAAUUGAACAUUUCAGAAAAACUCAAAGAGCCCACUGAGCAGAGCGUCUGCCGGAAAACUGCAAGAGAUUUAGCAGAUGAAAUGACAACAAAUUGUCCUUCACUGAUUGGAAACAGAUCAAAUCUGGAGAAACACAUCCUGAAGACACUGGCAGAACAGGAGGAUUUUGACAAAUACAUGACCUACGUUUAUAGUCCCCGAGAUAUCUCUGAUAAGUUUAGCAUCAGGGACAAGAUGAAGGAGAACCUUGAAGACCUGCAGCGGAAGAUCAUGAACGCAGCACAUGCAUCUACAGCACAUGUUCAGGUCAGCAACGGAGAUGUUGGUUUGUGGUUGACAAAUUUCACACAGCAGCUAUCAGAAGAGCUGAUCUUCUCUGAAAAAGACCUCAGUGGAGUCAAACAUGAUGAUGUUGAUGAUUUCAACCUCCUAGAAGAUGUGAUAAGACAAAAACUUCCAGAAAAAACUUUAGAGAUCUGCAACACGGAUACAUUUAAUGAAAAACUGGAUGUCAAAUUCAGGCCAGAGAAGCUUCUGAUUGAUCACUUCUGUCAGUGUUGUUGGGUUCAGUGUCCAUCGUGUGCCGCCAUCUGCACAAACACCAUGGAAAUCCAUGAGGUAGAGUUUCUUUUCCACAUUGAUCCUUUACACGAAGAUGGAUUUCAAGGAAUGCAUUACUAUCAAAUAGAGGAGCUCGGUGGUGAUUUCUGCACAAUUACAAGGAGAAGUACUAAAUGUUUUCGUGUUUCAGAAUUGUGGUUUCCCUUCAAAGACUGUAAAACCUCAAGAGUUUCCAAUUCUAUAGAAUGGAGCAUCACCCAUUCUGUGUGUGCAGACAAACAGACAGAUCUGGACAAGAAUUAGAAGAAAAGGUUCUAGGGUCAUGGUGAAAUUCCAUCUGAAUGGAAAAAUCAUGAAAAACAAGAUGCUAUUGAGAGUUUGUGAAGGUUAUUUAUAAACAAAUUUCGAGAGGAUCACGUGCUUAUGAUUGUUCACAGCUGUUCCAACUUUAGUUCAUGACUAAUUAUCCUAUU